UUGCGCCCCGAUGUCGACUGGACCAGCCGGGUUGCAGCCUGGAACGCCGCCCGCGCGUCACGCCUGGCUGCCGAGGGCGAAUUGACGGGCGACCACAUCAAACCCCAACGCGUUUACGCCGAGUUGCGGAAGGUGAUGCCCCGCGACGCCAUAAUCGCGCUGGACGCCGGGCUGGCGCCCACCUUCGGGCAGGAUCGCCUCAAUUACUACCAGCCGCGCAGUUUGAUCAUGGCGCUGGAUCUGGGAGGGCUUGGCUUCAGCUUCCCGGCUUCCAUUGGGGCCAACUUUGCCGCUCCCAACCGGCCGGUGGUCAACUUCAACGGAGACGGCGGCUUUUUGUUCAACGCCCAGGAGUUUGAGACUGCCGUGAGGUACGGUCUCAAAAACAUUUCCAUCGUAAUGAACAACGACUGCUGGGGGUCGGAAAAGGCUUAUCAAAAAUACGCGUUCAACGAGCGCUACGUGGGCGCGGACACCGAAAACCCGCGGUUUGACAAAUAUGCCGAAUUAUUCGGAGGCACCGGGUUUUAG